CUAGAAUCUAUUAAAGGUUUUUAAAGGCCUCAUGUUUAGCUGUUUAUAACGGUCUGUAAAAUCGACGAUAAUUAAAAUUAUCGUCUAAUUUCGGUUUGCAGAGUAUAUCAUGGUGGUUUGAGGUGUGUCCAGGAUGACGUCAUUGCUGGUACGUGGCACGCUACUGACGUUGGUGAUUGGCUGCAUGCGUGAGGGUCAGGCACAAAUGGACACGAGCUGCGAAUCGCCGACCCUACCUGAGCCAUGCAAUCUGCAGGUCAUUUACCCCGAGCCCAUUGGGAUCACAGCCUGUUACGCAACAUUCGAGAUUGGAGCAGAACAAACAGUCGUCAGUACAGCGCCGAGAAUAAGGGCUGCUCUAACAUUUAUACCAAACAUGAAGGUCCUGGUCUAUAUGAUCAACUUGCAAACAGCGUUGGUUCACUGGGCAGCUGAAGGGACGUUCGGAGAAGAUUGCGAGGUGACAUUUACCGAUACUGUCAUUCCCUACCAGCCGCCUUUUGAGAAAACUAAACAAAGUUACACAUUUCUACUUUACGACUUCGGAAGUGGCGACCUCUGGGAUGACAUGGCAUCAAAGUCGAUCUGCUUUAUGAGAAAACAGUAUCUUUUUGUCGUGAGCCACUUAGCAGCAAGCCAGCUGGAUAUCACGAUAAACCAAGCGGACACGGUACCAGACCGACUGGCUGAGCUGCUGGAGCACUGCCCAGUCGAUGACGACUUUGAGAUCCGUAGAAAAGGAUCUGGUACACCAGCACCAACAGAAGCACCAACAGAAGCACCAGCACCAACAGAAGCACCAACAGAAGCACCAAAAGAAGAUACAUCAGCUGGAGCAACGAGAAAACCCAACAACUGCCUGGGACAACAAAUUGACGAGCAAACAGGACAUUGUCGGAGAGGUUGUCUGGCCACAUUUUGGAAGGAGGACUGUAAAACUGCGUGUGGGCAUUGUGCGGGUAUCGGAUCAUGUGACCAAAGGACAGGCUACUGCCCAAGUGGCUGUAAGGACGGGUAUGAAGGUCUGGAUUGUAACAACGAGACCGGCAUACCAUGGGGUGAUGUGCUCAUCGUCUUAUCAGUGUUGGCGGCCAUUUUACUUGUGGUUUUCGUCGUCUAUCGCGUCUUCUUCAAAAAGGUCUACUAUGUGGAUGUGCAUGAGGAUGCUGGAGAUCCUGAACAAGGGAAGUAAAAGGCAAUGAAAGAAAAUGAGAAGCACGGAGAAAAUGAUGAAACAGGCAGCGCUGAGAUUUAGGGACGUCUAUGUCUCUUUGUCUAUAGUAUAUAAGUGAAUGGUCUUUAGGUCUAUGUAUUAUUGUCUAUAGGCCCAUAAUCUAUGGUCUAUUGUGUAUGGUCUAUGUCUAUGGUCUUAAACAUUGUUUAUGUAUCUCUAUGGUCUAUGCUCUUAGAGUUAACAUGGACUAACUGUAAGAGAUGUUGAGGGGAAAUGUUAUUAUUUCUGAAUUUUGCAUUGUUGUUUUGUGAAAACAACGCUGUGUAGAAGCAAUCUACUCUCAUAUUGGAUUAUUUUAAUAGCUAACCCUGACCCUUACCGUACUAAUAUACGGCAGCCAAUCGCCCGAAUAAGCUAUUGCACAAAUGUAUUAUAAAUACAGGGCCUAUGUUUAAUGAAUUAGGAUUUUAUGUGUUAUAUUAAUAAACAGAUGA